AUCGCUAAUAAAAAGUUUGAGUUGGCUUAAACAUGUAAACGUUGAUAAUAUUAUGCGUUUGUGUACGUGGUUGGGUUAAGCAGUCAUGGCUGAGGAGACAAUUGUUCUUAUUUUAUUAGUUUUCGUAAUGCUUGUUGGGUCAUAUGCGGCUGGCAGCAUUCCGAUGUUGAUGAAAUUAAGCGAGGAGAAAUUGAAGUGUGUCACAGUGCUGGGUGCCGGCCUACUAGUGGGAACUGCACUAGCCGUUAUAAUACCAGAAGGUAUUCGGUCGUUGUACAUGGGUAGUGGGCAACCACAACUGAUAUCUGACCCUGAACAUCAGGAUUACUCAAAGACUAUUGGACUUUCCCUUGUUCUCGGUUUUGUCUUUAUGAUGUUGGUGGACAUAUCACAACGUAAGAGCAAUAUCGGAAGUGAUAAAAAAAGUAAUGCCACUCUUACUCUAGGGUUGGUGGUACACGCCGCAGCUGAUGGCGUUGCUUUGGGAGCAGCAGCCACCACAAGCCACCAGGAUGUUGAGAUAAUUGUGUUUUUGGCAAUUAUGCUUCACAAGGCACCGGCAGCAUUUGGCUUGGUAACUUUUCUGUUGCAUGAAAAACUUGACAGGAAAAAAAUUCGACGACACCUUGCAGUGUUUUCACUAUCAGCACCGCUCUUAACUAUUUUAACAUAUUUUGGAAUUGGCCAGGAGCAAAAAGAGACAUUAAAUUCAGUUAAUGCCACUGGGAUAGCUAUGCUAUUUUCAGCCGGAACGUUCUUGUACGUUGCCACCGUUCAUGUUUUGCCAGAGCUUACGCAGAAUGGAUUUUCACAAACUGAUCAGCACGAUUAUCGUUUGCUAGAAGAAUCGCGCGAUGAGAUAAACGGAAGCCACAGUAUACAGGCGUUAAAAUACAGUGAAUUGCUAAUCAUGAUCUGUGGUGCGCUUCUGCCUCUAAUCAUAACAUUCGGACAUAAGCACUAGUAGUAAAAGGGUAAUGUUUAAUCUAAUUUGUGUUUAAGCUCUUAAGAAAAUAGUUUAAUAAAAAUUUACUAGAGGGAUGCUUACUAUAUGUAUUCAAUCAUCAUUUAAACAAAA